CCUGGCCCCAUAGUGCAUACUGCAUGGGCAUUCAUUGUUAUUAUCUUUGAAGAGGUCCAGGACCCUAACGUUGUGGGGGUCUGGUUGCGUCCUCUUGCCCCGCCUGUUGGGAUUAUUCAUUUCUGGUCUCUGCGGGAUGGAGACCUUCUCGCCUCUCUGUCAAUGAUGAUGACAAUGAGCUGGGCCACGUCACCCUGUCCCUAGCAAAAGGUUAUCACUUCGUUGGGGACACGAGAAAGGCCGGGUUGCUGGGGCCGUGCCUGUCUCCUCUCUGCUGGAGAAGAUAAGGGAGGCACUCAGCUUUCUUCAGGCAGAGUGUGGGGGAGCCACGAUGUAUAAAAGGGGGACCAAGAGGCAGCGGAGACACUGGCCCACUCACACAUCGGAGGCAUCUCUGUCCAGCAUGGCCAGGUACACGCUGCUGCUGCUCCUGGCGGCGUGGGUGCUGACUGGGGAGCUGUGGCCGGGGACUGAGGCCCGGGCAGCGCCUUACGGAGUGAAGCUUUGCGGGCGAGAAUUCAUCCGAGCAGUCAUCUUCACCUGCGGGGGAUCCCGGUGGAGACGAUCGGACAUCCUGGCCCACGAGACUAUGGGAGAUACCUUCCCGGAGGCAGAUGCUGAUGGAGACCGUCUGGCAGGCCAGCUGGAUGAGGCCAUGGGGUCCAGCGAGUGGCUGGCCCUGACCAAGUCACCCCAGGCCUUUUAUGGGGAGCGACCCAGCUGGCAAGGAACCCCCCGGACGCUUCGGGGCAGCCGAGAUGUCCUGGCUGGCCUUUCCAGCAGCUGCUGCAAAUGGGGGUGUAGCAAAAGUGAAAUCAGUAGCCUUUGCUAGUUUGAGGGCUGGGCAGCUGUGGGCACCAGUACCAAUGCUCCAGUCCUGCCAUCCACUUAACCAGUGUCUGGCUGGGCACCUGUCUUUCGAGCUUCACAUAUUCAUUCAUUCGUCUGCAAGUCACAGAGUCCAGGCACUGUGGGCUCAGGCACAGUCCCCCGACACCACCUAACCAACCCUGCCUUUUGACCAGCCUAUCAUGACCCUGUCCCCUGAGCAAGCUGUGCCCCUGCCUGGACAAGUGGGGACCCCUGAUCCUGACCUCUGACCUCUCCCCAACCCUAACUAUGCGUUUGCCUAGCUUACACACUCCACUGCCACAACUGGGUCCCUAUUCUACCCAGACAGGCCACACAGAGACCCCUGCCCCCUGCCCAGUCCAAACUGUGGCCAGCUCAAAUUAAGCCUCUUAGUCCAGCCUUUGCACGCAAGCUUCCUUUUCCCUGCUUUCCAUCCCCUCUCCUCCAACUCCCCUGACAAAGUUCCAAGGCUGUGGACCCCAGAGAAGGUGGCAGGUGGCCCCCCUAGGAGAGCUCUGGGCACAUUAGAAUCUUCCCAAACUCCAAUAAUAAAAAUUCCAAGACUGGCA